CCACAGGCGCCAAUGGCCAUCAUCCUCACUACGCCUUGUCCAAUAUACGUGUCCGUAUUUUAUUUGCAGGCACUGAUCGAUGCAUGCCGGCCACUCGCUUAACCGUCUCGGCAUCCUUCUCUCUCUCCAACAUGGCCGUCUCACUUGUUCUCUCGGUCUCGGCUUCAAAAUAUUUUGAUUGAUCGUGUCGUUAUUCAUUUGAGCAUGAACAGGACGUGUUUGCUGCCGGCACUGACACUUCCUCCACGGUGUUGGGAUGGGCCAUGGCGGAGCUCAUGAACCACCCGCACGAGAUGCGGAAGCUCCAGGCCGAGGUCCGCGGCGCCGCCGGCGCCACCACCAGCCACGUAACCGAGGAGCACCUCGAUCGACGGGAUGUCGUACCUCAAGUUCGUGCCGGAGCGGUUCGUCGACGACGCGCCCGUGGAUUACUGCAAGUGGGGCAGGACUUCCGGUCCGUGCCGUUCGGCGCCGGGUUCGCCGCGGCGACGAUGGAGCUCGCGCUCGCAAACAUGCUGUAUCACUUGGAUUGGGCGCUGGCGCACGGCGGAGGGAGGCAGGGGACGCGGCAUUCAGAGAGGAACAUAACUCGCCGCGUCAGGGGAUGAUUCAGAUCGAUGGCGGUGCCAUGUCCUCCUUGAGCCUGCUCAUCAGCUCUAGAAUAGAAUUAGAAAAACACAAACACGCAUGUCGAAUCUAGUACUCGAACCAUGUGGCAAUAUUAUGCUGAAGCUGUACACACUUUCAUUCAGACUUGUACUCAUAGUACUGUC